AUGGAUCUCAAGCGGGAAGAACGAAUAUGGAAGGUAAUCCUCUUUCGUGACAGGCCAAAACAAGUUGCACCUCAGCGUUUCCUUGAAGCAUUUGAAGCCGAGGAUUGGAAAAUUACCGGCGAAGACACUGAUGCGGAUUACGCUCUAUUUCUCGAAAAGCUCUCCAAGUGUAAAACAGCAGCAGCAGCAGCAGUCAAAGUUGUCAAAAGUUCCCGAACACGUCUUAAUCAAAAAACGUUGGCGUUUUUUCAGCUGAGAAGUGCAAUGGCAGCGGAAAGCAAAACUGGCCUGGAAUAUAAAAUUCUUUGCAAGCACGUGCAAAGAUUAAUGAAGGAGGACAACUACCGACAGAAUAAGCUAAAAGAAGCGGCAUCACAAAAAUUAUGCAUAAAAAGAGUCUACCGAGAAAUUCAAGUGCGUCAAAAUCUGUCGGUGGCGUUUGUUGACAAAACCGAUCGCGGGACAACAAACCGACGUCAAAUGGAAUCUAUUUGUAAGGAUUUUUUCAGUCAGUUCUCGCCGAUUGUCACUAUCGAAAGCCCAAUAAAACAAGCAACGUCCGCUGCGCCAGAUAUAGAGCCGUGCAAAGUCGAACAUGAAGUUCGCAGCAUGAAUGCAAGAAAAGCAGCAGGAAUAGAUAAACUUCGGGCUGGAGGCAAAAGGCUGUUCAAAGUAUCCAGUUCUCAUUUUCCUUGGUAUUUCAAUUUCAGCAGGAUUUCAGCAAUACCACUGUUCUCCCUGUACUGCUUUAUGGAUGCGAAACGUGGAACACUGCUAUCGCAGAAGAAAAGAAACCAGCCGUUGCACAACGAUCAACGGAGAGAUGAAUGUUUGGUGUCAGCAGAACACAGCGUACACGCAACAAUGAGGUUCGAUUAA